AUGGCUGCUUUCCAAUUUUCACCUGAAGCUGUUAAUUCUCGCACCUGUUUUAUCUGUGAAUGGAGAAUUCUUCUAUUUUUAUAUACGGUUCUUUCUUUUGUGUCCUUUCCUUCCGUUUGCUUUGACUACACGAACAAUGUCAGGAAAGUUGAUGCAACAAUAAAACAAAACUCGAAACAGCAGAAAUCAUCCAAUUAG